AUGGUGCUUCUGUCGAUGACAGAGAUACGGAAAUUCAAUGCUUCAUAUCGUGAACAUGAAAAUGAACGUCCCAUUAGUCCGGAGGAGAAAGAAGGAAAUGGUUUUGCUGUUAAAAGUGAACCCAUCAGGGCACCACCUUCCAUUGAAGUCCCUGAAUUAUCAUUUGAAGAACUGAAAGAAAAGACUGACAAUUUUGGGUCAAAGGCUUUGAUUGGUGAGGGAUCAUAUGGAAGAGUGUAUUACGCUAUUCUGGACAGUGAAAAACAUGUUGCCGUUAAAAAGCUUGAUGCUUCAACAGACCCUGAACUUGAUAAUGAGUUUUUGACACAGGUAUCCAUUGCCUCAAAACUAAAACAUGAUAAUUUUGUGGAGAUGCUUGGAUAUUGUGUGGAAGGAAAUCAGCGUCUAGUGGCCUAUGAAUUUGCUACAAUGGGUUCUCUGCAUGAUAUCUUGCAUGGAAGAAAGGGUGUUCCAGGUGCACAGCCUGGUCCAUCACUUGAUUGGAUGCAGCGGGUUAAGAUUGCUAUUGAUGCUGCUAAAGGGCUAGAGUAUCUUCAUGAAAAGGUGCAGCCUUCAAUAGUCCACCGGGACAUACGGUCUAGCAAUGUUCUUCUGUUUGAGGACUACAAAGCGAAAAUUGCAGAUUUCAAUCUUUCAAAUCAGUCUCCAGAUAUGGCUGCUCGUUUGCAUUCUACUCGUGUCCUUGGAACCUUCGGCUACCAUGCUCCCGAGUAUGCCAUGACUGGCCAGCUAACUCAGAAAAGUGACGUAUAUAGCUUCGGAGUUGUUCUUUUAGAGCUUCUAACAGGAAGGAAACCAGUAGAUCAUACAAUGCCUAGAGGUCAGCAGAGUCUGGUUACAUGGGCAACACCUCGAUUGACUGAGGACACAGUGAAACAAUGUGUUGAUCCAAGAUUAAAGGGAGAGUAUCCUCCAAAGGGAGUUGCCAAGCUUGCGGCUGUGGCGGCACUCUGUGUGCAAUAUGAAUCUGAAUUUAGACCCAGCAUGAGCAUCGUAGUUAAGGCACUCUCUCCCCUUCUUCAACAUAAACCGCAACCACCACCAGCCACUACUACUGAUGCAAGAGCACCUUCGGAUGCCUGA